AUUCUCAUUUCAUUUCUGAAGAGAAAAACAGAAUUCUCAGUUUGUUUGAGGAGAGAGAAAAAUUGAGGUGAGAAUCACACAAACAGCGUACGGCUAUGGAGACUGCUAUCAUUGGCAGAUUAGCUCUCUCACCCAACCAUGUUCUUAACCCUAUAUCAGGGGAUAAACAUUAUUUUUGUAAAGGAUUUUGCAACCACCGUGGCUUCCUUAUGACUGUGUCAGCUACUGGAUCAUCUAAGGGAGGAGUAAUAGACAGACCUGUAAUUGAGAAAACCACCCCUGGACGUGAAUCUGAGUUUGAUCUAAGGAAAACAAGGAAAAUAGCUCCUCCAUAUCGUGUAAUGCUGCACAAUGACAACUUUAACAAAAGGGAAUAUGUUGUGCAAGUUCUAAUGAAAGUUAUACCCGGAAUGACAGUGGACAUCGCAGUAAACAUAAUGCAAGAGGCACACAUCAAUGGCUUGUCAGUGGUGAUAAUAUGUGCUCAGGCUGAUGCUGAAGACCAUUGUAUGCAGUUGAGAGGCAAUGGGCUGCUGAGCUCUAUUGAACCUGCAGGUAGUGGAUGCUGAAUUCCGAAAGUAAGAGAAACAGAAACAGAGAGAAGUGAGAGAGGCCUUGUGGUUGUGGGAAGGCCAACAUAGUUGUUUAAUGUUCAUAAAAUUACAUCUACAUGUGUAUAUAUAUGGUAGCCAUUUACCCAUGUGAACCUUGGUUUUUGUUGUGCUCAAAUUUAGACGAGGUAAUCAUAAUACAUAAUGAUACUUUUACAAA